CCCAAAUUCCUUUUCCAUUGCCAUCCCUUUCCGUCGUUUGCCUUUCGCUUUCUCAAUUUCCCCUCCUCAAAGUAAUCUAAUCCUUUCAAAAUUCUUGCUAAGCCCCUUCCAAAUUAUCCUCCACUCUGUUCUUCUCCCCCACGGGGGAACGUCCAGUUUCCGCCUAUCUUUCAUGUGAUUUGGUUUCCAAACUGCGAACUUUCCGCUGCUGCAACUUGUAAGAUAUCUGUCCUUCUUCACCAAACCCACCUCUUUUUCUGUUUGGCCGCUGAGAAAAUUCGAGUUGUUGCUGUAGCGACUGGAUGGUUAAAGUAAACUGAACUUUUGGCUUUUGUGUGGUUGUCUCUCUUGUUCGGUUUAUCGUGCUCCAAAUGUCGAAGCCAAACGUUGCUUGAGAUUCGGAAUUCUCUUCAUUUCCUCUCCUUUCCCGUUCCCCCUUGUUUCUCGGAAGCCAAACGGCGAAAGCCACUCACUUUGCUCGCUCCUCUGUCUAUUGCUCUGUUCUUUUCUCGUUCUUGGAGAGAAUUUCAGGUAUGGCGUCCACUGCUAAUCAUUUGCUUGCUUCUGUGGCUAAGCUCUGCUCGUCCUAUUCUGUUAAACAGAAAUAUCGAUUUUUUGCUGUUUCACCUAUUGUGAAUCAAUGCCCUAGGGCGUCUAGCAUAAUCUGCAGCAACCAAUACCCUAAGAGCCCUAAUUUAUCAAUUACGAAGCUGAAUUCUAAAUCCCCAAUUAGAGAGUUCCGGCUUCACGGGUCGGUAGAACUGGACCGGCUCGUAACGAGUGAGGAUGAGGAAGAAAUGAGUGAAGAGUUCUUUGAGGCAAUAGAGGAGCUCGAGAGAAUGACAAGAGAACCCUCUGAUAUCCUGGAGGAAAUGAACGAGAGGCUAUCGGAUAGAGAGUUGCAAUUGGUGUUGGUAUAUUUCUCACAGGAAGGGAGGGAUUCAUGGUGUGCACUUGAGGUGUUUGAGUGGUUGAGGAAGGGGAAUCGAGUAGAUUCGGAGACCAUGGAGCUUAUGGUUUCAAUUAUGUGUGGCUGGGUUAAGAAGUUGAUUCAGGGUAAGCACACCGUCAGUGAUGUGGUAGACCUACUUGUGGAUAUGGAUUGUGUUGGGUUGAAGCCGAGUUUCAGUAUGAUGGAGAAGGUGAUAUCGUUGUAUUGGGAGAUGGGAAUGAAGGAUAUGGCUAUUUCGUUUGUGAAUGAGGUUUUGAAACGGGGAAUUGCUUGUUCUGAGGAUGACGGUGAAGGUCAAAAGGGGGGUCCAACGGGUUAUCUUGUGUGGAAGAUGAUGGUUGAUGGAAACUACAGAGAUGCUGUCAAAAUGGUCAUCGAUCUUAAAGAGUCCGGACUGAAGCCAGAAGUCUAUGCCUACCUCAUUGCAAUGACAGCUGUAGUCAAAGAGCUAAAUGAGCUCGCUAAAGCCUUACGCAAGCUGAAAAGCUUUUCAAGGUCCGGCACGGUUGCUGAACUCGACCCUGAAAAUAUAAACCUGGUGGAGACAUAUCAAUCCGAGCUUAUAGAAGACGGUGCACGUCUAUCUAGAUGGGUAAUCGAGGAAGGAAGUUCGUCACUUUCUGGUGCGGUCCACGAUCGCCUUCUUGCCAUGUACAUAUGUGCUGGUCGUGGAGUCGAAGCUGAGAGGCAGCUGUGGGAAAUGAAGCUUGUUGGCAAAGAAGCCGACGGUGAUCUCUACGACAUGGUCUUAGCAAUCUGCGCAUCGAAAAACGAAAGCACCGCAAUAGCUCGAUUGCUUUCAAGAAUCGAGGUUAUGAGCUCUCUACGUAAGAAGAAGUCGUUGUCUUGGCUAUUGAGAGGCUAUGUCAAAGGAGGGUAUUAUGACGAGGCGGGAGAGGUGCUGACUAGGAUGCUUGACUCGGGUUUGUGUCCUGAUUAUCUGGACAGGGUGGCUGUAAUGCAGGGGGUAAGGAAGAGGAUACAUAAAUGGGAAGAUGUCGAAUCGUAUCUAAAGGUUUGCAAGCGGCUCUCUGAUGCGAGCUUGAUUGGACCAGCACUCGUGUAUUUAUAUGUUAAGAAGCAUAAGCUCUGGAUUAUGAAGAUGCUUUAAGAGUAUAUAUUGUAUAGCUUUCUAUUUGCUUUCAGGAGGGUACCUGAGUUUUUUGAGGAAGGGGAUAGUAAGAUACCUCGCGUCGCGGGUGCUUUUAUGAGGUAUAGUAUAUAUGUUUUUAUGUAUGUAUGUAUGUAUAUAGAUAGAUAGAUAUUUCGACACCAUUGGCCGACACUGACAGGUAUGCUGGUAUUACCUGCAUUCUCUGGUUUGCAGGAAUGUUGUAUGUAUGCUACGGUUUGUUAAUAGUGGAAUAAUGAGUUCAACAAGCU